AUGACAGUGCAGAAGGGCCUGUGGAUGGGGGUGGCUAUGGGAUCCUGCCCCGAAGAACAGUACUGGGACCCCCUGCUGAGCACCUGCAUCUCCUGCAAACCCAUCUGCAGCCAUCGGAACCAGCGCAUCUGUGCAGCUUUCUGCAAUUCACUCAGUUGCCGCAAGGAGCAAGGCAAGUACUACGACUAUCUCCUGAGGGAGUGCAUCAGCUGCGCCUCUGUCUGUGGCCAGCACCCCAAGCAGUGCGUGUACUUCUGUGAGAACAAGCUCAGGAGCCGAGUGAACCUCCCACCAGAGCUCAGGAGACAGCAGAGUGGAGAGUCUGAAACCAGGUCAGACAACUCAGGAAGGUACCAGGCAUCAGAGCACAGAGUCUUGGAGGCAGGUCCAGUGUCCCCAGGGCCGAAGCUGAGCGCCGAUCAGCUGGCGCUGGUCUACAGCACUCUGGGGCUCUGUCUCUUCGCUGUCCUGGGCUGCUUCCUCCUGGCGGUGACGUGCUUCCUCAAGAGGAAGGGGGGACAGUUCUCCUGCCAGCCCCUCCCAGGCCCCUGUCCAACCCAGGCCAAGUCCUCCCAGGAGCACGCGAUGGAGGCUGACAGCGCCGCGGACGCGCCGCCCGAGCCGGUGGAGACGUGCAGCUUCUGCUUCCCGGAGCGCAGGACGCCCACCCAGGAGAGCGCGGGCCCGCCGGGGACCCCCGGGCCGUGCGGGUUCCGCGUCGGGACCGCGGCCCUGCAGCCCUGCGCGCGCGCCCCGGGCGGCGGCCUCUGCAUCGUGUGCGCGCCCGCCCAGGAGGGGGGCCCGGGCGCGUGA